AUGCCUCCAACCCCAGACACCACCCUCGACGCCCUCACCAGUUAUUCCCUGCUUCUACCUUCCACUCUUCUUGACCAGCUUGGAGACACCACUGUUCCCGCUCUAUCAACCUCCAGCCCAGCAGGAGGAUAUCCUCCAGUCACUCCCCCACCCAGCAAGAUUGUGACACGCCCCAUUCUAGCGCAGAUGGGUUUGAUCUUUGCAGAGCCGGUGGCGUUCGAGGCACUUGCGUUGCGCAAGACGUACCCCACCACCGAGAAACACGAAACGGCAGAGACGCUGGCAGCCGACCUAGACAAUGACGGGGACCUAACCGUGGUCCUGGUAGCGGGACGGUGCACGCAGUCCGGACUGCGAGCGGUAUCUGGAUUCCAUCUGCCCUGGGCGGAGAUGGAGGGUGCGGCAGCAUCGUGUCAGUUAUUCGAGUUGAGUCCCGUGCAGGAUGUGUUCCGCGGAGAUUUGUCAGAAGUGGCGCGGCCGGGGUAUCGACUAGAUGAGCAGACGAAGCAGUCAGUCUUUGGAAGGCAGGAAAAGGCGUGCAGUUUGUGCUGGACCAGAAUCUAUCGAGAAUGA